AUUCAGGUGGUAAACCCUGAUCCUGCCUCUGACUGUAACGGCCCAGAGAGCUCUCUGCUCUCCCUCGUAGUGUAUUUUUUAGUCCUGCUUCGGUUGCUUCCCUUCCCCUGUGCCGCCAUUAAAGCCCGUCAGCUUGGUGUUUGGGAAUCGGGGAAAAGGAUAAAAAUGAUUUAAAGCGUCAAAGCAGACGGCCGAGGGACGGGACUAGGGGGGGGGUUCUUGCUCCGCGUGUACAGCUUGCUGUGUGAUCUCCUUAAGAGUGGAUCUGCCAAGCUGAGAACCCCUCUGAACGGCAGGAAGCCUCCCUCUGCGGUGGUGCGACGAUGACCGAGCUGGUUGCCAAGUGGGCCUGUGAAUACUGCACAUACGAGAACUGGCCGUCAGCCAUCAAGUGCACCAUGUGCCGCGCUCAGAGGCCCAGUGGGGGUGCCAUCAUUACUGAGGAGCCCUUCAAGAGCAGCCCAGCUCUGGAUGCCAGUCUGCACCAGUGGGACCCUGCAGGCCUCAGCAACAGCCCAACCCAGGGGGGCUCCAGCUUACUUAUUUGUCCAGACUCCAGUGCCCGACCCCGUGUACGCAUUGCUGAUGUACCUGAGACUAGUAGCAAGUGGUCGUGCCAGAUGUGCACCUACUUGAACUGGCCUCGGGCCAUCCGUUGCACCCAGUGCUUGUGCCAGAGGCAACAGGCUCAACAACAACAACAGCAUGGGCAACAUGCAUCCCAUCAGGGACAUCAUACCCAGCAGCCACGCAGCCCCACAGAAUCACCCCAGACCUCAGGCUCUGGAUGCCGCCUGGCUUCCCCGGCCACCACUACAGACCCCUGUGAGGAAUAUAAUGACCGUAACAGGCUCAACACUCAUGCACAACACUGGACCUGCACUGCCUGCACUUACGAGAACUGGGCCAAGGCACUCAAGUGUGUGGUGUGCGAUCAUCCCAGGCCAAAUAGUCUGCUAGCAGAACCCAUCGAGCUGGCAUCAGAACCUGAGAGCCAACAACCUUCCUUAAAACUUAAUGAACAGGACAGGGACAACAAGAGGGGUGUUGUUGGCCAUGUGGUUGGGCAAGGAGUAGGGAGUGUGCUAAGUGGGGUGGUGGGUUGUAGCAGCAGCCAAAGGAGGUCACCCCCAACCUCAAAACGUGAGUCAGAGGUGAACAUGGACUUUCAGAGGAUUGAACUGGCAUCAGGGGCUGGGAUUGGGAGCAAAGAGGAGCUGGAGGUGGAUUUCAAAAAACUGAAGCAGAUUAAGAACAGAAUGAGAAGGACUGAUUGGCUGUUCCUCAAUGCCUGUGUUGGUGUUGUGGAAGGUGACCUGGCAGCUGUGGAGGCCUACAAGUCAUCAGGAGGUGACAUCGCACGACAGCUAACAUCAGACGAGGUGCGCCUGUUAAAUCGGCCCUCAGCAUUUGAUGACGGCUUCACGCUGGUUCACCUAGCCAUCCGCUUCCAGAGACAGGACAUGCUGGCUGUGUUACUUACGGAGGUGUCCCAACAGGCAGCCAAGUGUAUUCCAGCCAUGGUGUGUCCUGAGCUAACGGAGCAGAUCCGUCGUGAGGUGGCGGCUUCUCUUCACCAGCGCAAAGGAGACUUCACCUGCUAUUUCCUCACUGACUUGGUGACCUUCACCCUGCCUGCAGACAUUGAGGACUUGCCCCCAGCAGUUCAGGAGAAACUGUUUGAUGAGGUGCUGGACCGAGACGUACAAAAAGAACUGGAAGAGGAGUCUCCCAUCAUUAACUGGUCCCUGGAACUUGGGACCAGGUUGGACAGUAGAUUGUACGCCCUGUGGAAUCGCACGGCUGGGGACUGUCUCCUUGACUCCGUGCUGCAGGCUACAUGGGGCAUCUAUGACAAAGACUCAGUGCUCCGCAAGACCCUCCACGACAGCCUGCAUGACUGUUCUCAUUGGUUUUACACGCGCUGGAAGGAGUGGGAGUCGUGGUAUUCCCAGAGCUUCGGCCUGCACUUUUCGCUUCGGGAGGAACAGUGGCAAGAAGACUGGGCUUUCAUCCUUUCCCUGGCUAGUCAGCCAGGAUCCAGCUUGGAGCAGACCCACAUUUUCGUUCUUGCACACAUACUUCGUAGGCCUAUUAUCGUCUAUGGAGUGAAGUAUUACAAAAGUUUCCGUGGAGAAACGCUUGGGUACACCCGUUUUCAAGGGGUGUACUUGCCCCUUUUGUGGGAGCAGAGUUUCUGCUGGAAGAGCCCCAUCGCUCUGGGCUACACGCGGGGCCACUUCUCAGCACUGGUGGCCAUGGAGAACGACGGGUUCGACAAUCGUGGCGCGGGCGCCAACCUCAACACAGACGACGACGUGACCGUCACGUUCCUGCCGCUAGUGGACAGCGAGCGGAAGCUGCUUCACAUUCACUUCCUGUCAGCACAGGAAAUGGGUAACGAAGAGCAACAGGAGAAGCUGCUGCGGGAGUGGUUGGACUGCUGUGUAACGGAGGGCGGGGUUUUGGUUUCUCUUCAGAAAAGCUCCCGCCGCCGCAACCACCCACUCGUCACCCAGAUGGUGGAGAAGUGGCUAGACGGCUACCGGCAGAUCCGCCCCUGCGCCUCUUUGUCCGACGGCGAAGAGGAGGAAGAUGACGACGACGAGUGACAAAACCGAAGCGGGGCGGGAGGCUGUCUGCGGGGGGGCAGGACUCCUCCCUCUUACAGUUCUCUUUUAAUUCUGUUUUCCUUUCCCGACACGGACAAACUGUGAAAGCCUGCGGGAGAGAACAGGGAACCCACAAGCCCCCACCCACCCACCCACCCACCCACCCACCACCUCCGACAGAAGACGCUCCCACAGGCACUCGGACAUUAACUUAAAACCCACUCAACACUUCACUCGGACAUACCGACACUGACAAACUCAACUGCUGCGAAACACCGAUUCGGGGAGAGAAUAAAGGUUUACGAAUGCAAAUGCCCUUUGGAUUUGUUUUGAUUUUCAAAUAUAAAGGAAAAAAGUUAUCUUUAAUACAUAGAUGUAAAUGCAUGUGGUUGUUUAAAAAAAAAAAAAAAAAAAAAAAAAGAGUAUAAGGAAAUA